GUUUAUAAAAAGAAAUUCAAUAUUUUCGAUCGUAAAUAUUGUUAUAUUUUUUUACAAUAUAAUUACAAUAAUAUCAUUUUCUUAUUAUUAUUAUUGUAUAUUAUUUUAUUCUACACCAGUAAAAAAUUUAAAAUGACACACGUUAAAAAUAUUGAUAAAGUAGUAUCUGCUUAUCGUCUGGCUACUCAAUAUCCAGCACUGUUUAAAGCUAGAAUACUUGAUUGUUCUUUAAAUUCAGUUAGUGUUGAAUCUGUAUGGACACAACGUGUUUUAGAAAGAUUAUCUGCAACUAAGUACCGUCAAACAGUUAUAUCUGAUUAUAAACACUUUAAAGCAUCAUCUCCACCCAGUGAAAUUACAAAUGAGUUACUAAGUGCUUAUUCAAAAUCUAAUAAGUAUUAUUGUGUAAUUAGAGAAAUAGAUUCAGGAAAGGAUACAAAACAAUACUUAGAAAUUUGGUCCAAUUUUUUUUUAAUUAAAAAUUAUGAUUUAAAUACUUUAGAUGUACAUGGAAAAGUAUAUGCUGACAUUGAAUUUGCUACAUUACAGUGGUCUCCAGAUGAAAGUAAAAUUAUGUUUAUUGCAGAAAACAAAGUUCCAAAAUCAGAGCCAUUCUACAAACAAAAAUUAAAUUCGAAUGAUUCAGAAACUCAAAAGAAAGAUUCUAUUACACCUGGUAAUGAAUAUGAAUGGAGACAAGAUUGGGGUGAACAAAUGGUUGGAAAAGUUUGUCCAGUUAUAGUUGUCUGUGAUAUAAAUAAAGAUACAAUAGAAGUUCUAUCAAAUAUUCCUGAUGACAUCAAUCCAGCAGGAGCUAAUUGGAUUCCUGAUGGAAGUGGAAUUGUUGCAAUUGGAUAUUCAGUUGUACCUCGAAAACUUGGACUUAUAUAUUGUACUAACCGACUAAGUCAUAUAUUUUCUUUGACAUUGGAUGGGAAUUAUAGCAUAUUGAGCUCAACUUCAGAAAAUAUUUCUGUGAAGUCUCCUCGAUUUAAUUCUAGUGGUACUAAGCUUAUUUGGCUAGAACAUUUAGCUGGAGGACCACAUCAUUCAUGCUUUAAACUUAUGUGUUGUAAUUGGUUAACUAAAGAAAUAACUACAGUAGUUGAUAUUGAAAAUAAAUUUUUAGAUAUUAGUGGAAAGCAAUUACCUUUUUAUGGGCUAUAUAAUCAAACAUUUCCACAAAGAUGCUGGUUAAAUGAUCAAAAAACUAUUGUAAUCAGUACGCCUCAAGGGGGUUCAAUACAUACAUAUGCUAUUGAUACUGAAUCAAAAACUAUUAGCUAUCUACCUAUAGUCGAACCUUUUCGUGAAUCAUUAACUGUAUUAGAUGUGUUUGAAGAUAAUUUAGUGCUAUAUAAGUCAUCACUGAAUAGACCUGGACAAUUAUUUGUGGGCAAAGUGAAUAUUAUGAAUGGUUUUUACGAUUUCAAAAAUAUUAGUGUAAGUGAAAUUUCACCAUUACAUAAACUACCCAACAGUAAUGAAUUUAUUGUUGAGCAUGGAAUAACAUUGCAUGAUAAACCAACAACCAUUUAUUAUGGUCCAAAAAAUAGUAAAUGUCCCUUAAUUGUAUGGCCACAUGGUGGACCUCAUUCUCAAUCAGUAGAUUCUUAUAUAGCUGAUGCUGCAUUUUUUGUUCAAAUUGGUUUUGCUGUUUUAUUCGUUAACUACAGAGGAUCUACUGGAUUGGGUCAAGAUUAUGUUGAAUCAUUAUUAGGUCAUAUUGGUGAUGCUGAUGUUAAAGAUGUUUACAAUGCUGUUGAAGCAAAUCCUCAAUGGUCAAAUAGGAAACUUUUACUUUAUGGUGGAUCACAUGGUGGAUUCAUAGUCACUCAUUUAAGUGGACAAUAUCCGGGUAAAUUUAAAGCAGUUAGUGCUUUAAAUCCUGUCACUGAUCUGGUUUCUAUGUUUGGUACUACAGAUAUUACUGAUUGGGCUGUUACUGAAACAGGAUACAAUUAUUUUGAUGUGGAUAAUGUAGAAGAUUCUAAGGAUAUUAUAAUGAAAAUGGCUGAUAGUUCACCAAUGAAGUUUGCUCAUAAUGUCAAGGCACCUACUUUAUUAUUAUUAGGAGAAAAAGAUUUACGUGUUCCUCCAUCUCAGGGAAUAUCCUAUUAUCAUUUUCUUAAAAAACAUGGAGUUGUCACAAAAAUAUUAAUGUAUAAUGAUUGCCAUCCUUUAAGUUCAGUAUCAGCAGACAUGGAUAGUUCUAUAAAUACAGCAUUGUGGUUUAUCAAAUAUUCAAGUGAUGAAUCUAAGUAAUGAGUUUAAUGACUGUUCAGAUAUUUUUUCAUUUAUUGUUUCACAGUAAAAUAAUUAGUUAUAUGAAAAAAUUUAACCUAAUAAGUUAUUUUUUAAUCUUUUGUACUUGUUUAUUUUAUUUUUGUAUGAAUUAAGCACAAAAUUUUUUAUUAGAGCUCUUAUAAUUUAUACUGUUAUAAAUACAAAACUAUUAUUUUUUAUUACUCAAAAAUAAAUAAUUAUAUUAUUUUAAA